AUGCUCAGAACAUGUGGCAGGUCUUGGCCUUUUUUUGGCAGCUCAUUUUCGAGGAGUUUUGCCAGAUUGCAAUCAACAGUUGAAUCCACACAAUCAGCAGGUGAGGCAGCAGAGAGUUCGUUUAGUGUGUUUCCACGUAUCCAAGAUGUCAAGCCUGAGGAGCUCUUGGGCAGCGAAGCGUUCGGCAGGGGCAAAUACUACGUUGCGAGGAGUGCGACAGGGAAUCUGCCGGUCUACACUGACUACAAGGCUGGUGGAAACAAACUGGUGACAGAAAUACGGAAGAUAAGUGGCGAUAUAAUACAGCUAAGAAACGAUCUGCAGGCGGAGCUUCCGCAGAUCCCCAAAGAGGCAUGGAGAGUGGUCAUGCAAUCGAAGAAAAUAGUCAUCAAAGGCGAUGCAGCCUCUAGUGUCAAAGAGGUGCUGCAAAGGAAGUUCUGA